AUGAUAAUAGUGACACCAAGGAAAUCCCUGUUUUUUGUAAUUCCAGGGCCUAAGAAGGAGAGCAAUGCUCUACGAAUCGUUUUGGUGGGGAAGACUGGAGCUGGGAAGAGCGCCACAGGAAACACCAUCCUGGGAAGAAAAGCGUUUCACUCCCACUUGUCCCCGCGUUCCCUGACAAUCGACAGCAACAAAGCUUACGGACAGAUCCAAGGCUCCAAUGUCUUGGUGGUGGAUACUCCAGGGCUUUUCGACACAAUUUUGGACGAGGAUGUUCUCAUGAAGAAGAUCGAGAAGUGCAUGGCUCUGGCAGAUCCUGGUCCUCACAUCUUCCUGUUUGUUUUAAGGCUUGGAAGGUUUACCCAAGAAGAACAGGACACCGUCAAGAUGUUUUUGGAAAGAUUUGGGGAAAGGGUCUCCAGAUACUCGAUAAUGCUGUUCACACAUGGCGACAAACUGAAGAGGCAAACCAUUGAAGAGUUUAUCUCAAAAAGUGAGGGACUCACCGAGAUUCUGUACUCCUUCUCAGGUAGAUACCACGUAUUCAACAACGAAGCAGACGACGCAGAACAAGCAAAACAACUGAUGGAUAAGAUGAUGACGGUGGUUAACGAAAACAAGGGAAGGUAUUACACCAACAAGAUGCUGGAGAGGGCCAAAAAAAUCUUAAACAAGAAGAAACAAAAAGCUUUAAAAGAGAGGAAGAUGAUAGAGAAACAGAGAAGGAAUACCAUGAAAAAUGAGGUGAAGACAGAGAUGUUACUGAACGGCCAGAGAGUAAAAAAGAACAAAUGCGUGGUGCAAUAG